AUGCUUUAUAAUUUGAAAAUUCCCCUCAUAGGGGCUUUGAUAUUCUUCACAAUUUCCGUUUGUGCUGAAAACGGAAAAGAACAAAAGCUUAUGCGACCUAAAAGGUCAUUCGGAUUCCAAAACCCAAUUUUUUCAAGAGUUUUCAAUCCCUAUGAUAACAGACCUCUAACUGAGAAGUUUUUCGGAAGAAACUAUAUUCCUAGCUAUCAAGAAGAUGGUCCUCAGUAUUACUCUCUUUGGUCCUCCCAACCUGUUUUGGAAGAAGAACACCCAGCAGAGCAAUAUUCCAGCAUGGAAUCACCGUGGUAUCUGACAUUGAGAAAUAAGUUUGAAAGACCGUAUCCAGUGCAUCAUCAACCUCAUCCACAAGCAUUUAAACCUUAUCCGCAACCCACGACUUCUUAUCCAGAGGCUACUAAACCAUAUCCACAACCAUCAAAACCAUGUCCUACGUCGACAAAUGUAUAUCCACCUUCAAAACCUCAUCCAGAGACUUCGAAACCCUAUCCUGCCUCCAUAAAUACUCAUCCCCCAUCAAAACCGUAUCCAGAAGCUUCCAAACCUUAUCCACCAUCAAAACCGUAUCCAGAGCCUUCAAAACCAUAUCCAGAGACUUCCACACCUCAUCCACCAUCCAAACCGUAUCCGGAAGCUUCUAAACCUUAUCCACCGUCAAAACCGUAUCCAGAGCCUUCCAAACCUUAUCCACCAUCAAAACCAUAUCCAGAGGCCUCCAAACCUUAUCCACCGUCAAAACCGUAUCCAGAGCCUUCCAAACCUUAUCCACCAUCUAAACCAUAUCCAGAGGCCUCCAAACCUUAUCCACCAUCAAAACCUUAUCCAGAAACUUUAAAACCUUAUCCACAACCAUCAAAACCCUAUCCAGAGUCACACCAAAUUUCGAAACCUGCAAUCGGUAGAAUAUUUGUCGACGAAGCCAAGAAAAAUCUUAUUUUUGAUCCUGAAGCAGGCAAACUAGUAUUCGUAAUAAAUGAAGAAAAAAAAGAUGCCUCAGAUUAUAACAUCAAAAAUUCCCCACGCCAAGAAAUUGAACAAACUGGAGUAAAUUUCAUAUCAACAACGACUGUGAACUCAAUAGGUGAAGACAAAACGGCAAUUACCGAGAAUAAAUUCAAGCUUCUUCCAAAUUAUGAUAUUCAAACAAAAUUUAACAAAUGCUGUUCAUCAACUCAGAAAACAUUAGUAUACAAACCUAAAUUUCCAUUCAAAAUUAGUACAGAACAACUAACAGAUUAUAAAACAAUUCUGAGGCUUCUGAAACUACACAGAAAAUUUGUGGAGCAGGAAAAGGAGAUGCUUCAUGGUUCAGACAACCCAAAUUGGCCACCCAACGGUCUGCAAACUCUUAUCGACGAACAUAAAAAAUCUAAAAAGAAUUGUAAGAAGAAUACUACUACCAGUUCAGUCACUUCAGUUCAGAAUGGAUCAUCUCAAGAUGGAAAAACGACGGAAAAACCUUUCUCCAACAUAAUAUCUUAUAGCUUCCAUCAGAAAGAGUUCAGUACGGAAAAACCUCAUCGAUUCAAUAUAAGACAGAAAAUUUCAGAUAUUACCGAAAUACCUUUCUUAUCUAAUGAAAUUUCUAAUGAUUAUACACAGAGACAAAAAAAUUUAGAUAUUACUGAAAGACCUUUUCUAUCUAAUAAGAUUGUUCCACAUGAUACAAUGGUUUCUGAUGAUUCCACCCAAUUUCUUUCUCCACCAGGGUAUGUAAUUUAUCGAAAAUUUAUCAAUGAAUUUGUCAAAAAGGAACUCGCAACUACAUCAUCUCCUAGACCAGAUCAGGCAUCUUAUCAUUCUCAAGAUUAUCAAAAUUCUCCCUCCAGAGGACUUGAGCUUAGAUUCUUCAACCAAAAAUUUGACCAAUCCGUAUUAGAUAGUCUUAAAAAUAAAGAAAACGGUAAGAUAGACCCUACUAAACUUGACGAAAUCACUCAUACUGUUAUUAUUGAACCGAUAAGAAGGAAGAGACCGAAUAGGAGAAAAGAAUUCCAUACUCUUGAUUCUCCAUAUAAGGCUUUAAAUAUUUUGGAUAAAAUGUCUUCGGAAAACCUCGAUAACUACGACUCAAAUGAAAUCACUGCUUCUUCUGAUGGGUAUGGUGUUCCAUCGAUGAGUUUUGGUAAGCAUCGCAUCAACAAGAGACCUUCUGUAUUUUAACUAAACCAUAAUGUCUUCUAGAAUUGCCAAAUUCCAACUAUAAUCCAAAAGAUUUGUUAUCUACUAAUCAAAUAACUGAUCACCAGUCUACACUUAAGCCAUAUCCAGCUGUCAGUACUACAACUGAUUUGGAAUUUGACAUUGAAGAUGAGCGUAGUAAAUAUUUAGAGCUGGAUUUGAAACCACCAAGUUUUUCCAAUGUUGGUGAUAUUCCUCUUGGACUGAAUCAAAUAUGGGAUAACAAGAACAAGGAUCUUAUAGAUUCUUAUGGACAAAAAAUUUCCAAGAAGUAAACUUAUUAACUACCAAAGAAUAGUAGUGGUACACUUUUAA